AUGGCAUCUGAACAGUCAGCGGGCCCAGGGGAAUGGACAUGGGCGAUCAUCGCUAUAGCGACAUUACCGAACGGCGAGCGUUGGCACGAGGGUGCGCGCUGUGUUGCUGGCCCGUGGGGAAGAAUUGCAUGGUGGUAUUUUGUCUGCGGACACAGCGCCGGAGCCCAUGUUGUAUAUCGUAGCGCGAUGAUGAUCUUUCCAAGAGGAGAGGCAACUUUGUCGCCCUUUGUUAUGAUGAUGCAUUGUUCCUCGCUUAACGGCUUCUUUGGUUUGCUUCUUUCCCCAGUCCGACCCAGCUGUAGCGCUGCUGGAAGUGAAGUAGCAGAGUCUGUGUUACCGACGGUGCUGAAGCGGUUGCCACGGCCGGAUGGGGGUUCUCAGUGUCUCUAUGCGGGUCGACCUGUUUACCCAAUUGAGAUGUCAUUCGUGGCUGUCCCAAAUAAAAAGACCGACAGCUGUAUGUGGGCGACGGGCCCAAAACGGGCCAUGCGCUCUUCCUUGGCCUUGAUUGGUACGGAAACUGGUUUCCAUGGCUUACCUACAGAAGAUUUGGCGGCUUCGAACUCGUCGGGGACCGUACACACCGCAUCAGCGGGCAACGCCAGUCGCCGUCAGUGUGCAAAAGCCGCCGCGGCUUCAAAAGGCGCUGUAAUGGGACGUUGGUUGCAAUAG